AUGGAAGCUCUUAGCGGCGAAGAUGCAUCGGUAUCUUUGAUGAUUGAGCUCCAGCUCCAAGGGCUUCAAAACCUGAUCAGCUCUUCCAAAGGAAAACAGCGUGAAGGAGAGCAGCUUGAUUCCGAACUCGCUCUGGCUGCCUACAAAGCAGAGCUGGAAGGGUUCGGAGCUUUUUUCACGGAUCGGCGCAUGUGUAUGAGCAUUGCCCAAGCCGUUGUUGCCGAUGGCGAGCUCAUCUCCCGCCAACAGCAAGAAGAAGAGCAGGCAGCUCGAGAUCAUCAAAUGGCUUUGAAUCUUAAUCUGAACAGACAGACCCCAUCACACAGCUCGGCUGGCAAUUCCAAUGCUGACGUUGAACUGCUCAGCAAGUUGGGGGCCUUGUAUGUCUUUGAUCCCGACGACAGCGUGGCCGAUCAGCCGGAAUCGUCUUCAUGGGCCUCCAGUCGACGACCUCAUGCCCCCGGAGCGAAGAGCAUGGCCACGUGUGUCAGUUGCCGGGAGGAAUUUAGGUUGUAUGACAUUGCGCGCUGUCCAUGCUCCCACGAAUAUUGUCGUUCCUGUUUGGCAACCCUUUUUACUGCCUCUAUGAAGGACGAGUCGCUGUACCCACCUCGUUGUUGCCGCCAGGCGAUCCCACUUGAACCGAACCGACCGUUUCUACCGACCAGCCUCGUCGGGCAGUUUCUUGCCAAAAAGGUCGAGUUAGACGACACUAAGAGGACGUACUGCCACAUGCAGACCUGCUCUACCUACAUACCGGCCCAGUUCAUCAAGAAUGGCAUAGGGAGCUGCCCCCGCUGCCAUACUCGCACGUGCGUCAUCUGCAAAGGGGCCUCGCACCAAGGUGACUGCCCGGACGACCCAUCGGUACAGAAAGUCCUCCAACUUGCCGCUAAAAAGGGAUGGCAGCGAUGCUAUUCUUGCCGCAGACUUGUCGAGCUGGAACUAGGAUGUUUCCACAUGAGUGAGUGUCUCCCCAUCAUGGCUAUUUGA